AUGGAAAAUCAGGCUCUGUCGGCAGAGUCCCAGACUGACCCUGAUUCAACGUCUGUGAGGGUCGCCGUGAGGAUUCGGCCUCAAAGCGCUAAAGAAAAAGCUGAAAUGAACCACAUUUGUACAACAGUUAUUCCCAACAAUGCACAAAUUGUUAUUGGGAAAGACGCUACUUUUACAUAUGAUCACGUUUUUAAUAUAAACACACCUCAGGACUACGUUUUCCAAACUUUGGCCAGACCUUUAAUUGAUGGUUGUAUGGAUGGAUAUAACGCCACUAUAAUAGCAUACGGUCAAACGGGCUCCGGAAAAACCUACACUAUGGGUACGGGUUUUGAUAUUGGCUGCAGUCAUGCAGACGCUGGGCUUAUUCCUCGCGCUGUGCAGUACCUGUUUGCAUGUAUAACGAAACGUCGGGCUGAGGCAGCGACAAAGAAAGAACCUGUUCCUGAAUUCAAGGUUGUUGCACAAUUUUUAGAGCUUUACAAUGAAGAGUUGGUUGACUUACUUGAUUCUGAAAGGGUUCAGAAACCUCACUUACGUCUACAUGAAAAUGCACAAGGUGAUAUUUAUUUGACUGGUGUAUCUACAAGACUCGUAUCAAGUUUAGAUGACACUCUUAAGUGUCUUCAUGACGGCACGUUGGUUAGAAGUACAGCCAGCACCAACAUGAAUGCUCAGUCUUCGCGUUCACAUGCUAUAUUCACGCUUCACAUCAGACAGCAAAAGUUGUUGAAGUAUGAAAAUUCUAAUGAACAGAAAAAAUCGGCUACCCAAUCUGGUGUGGAUGUAGACCCUGACUCAACUGUUGUCGACCAGGUGCCGGAAUACGAAACAUUGACUGCGAAGUUUCACUUCGUUGACCUUGCUGGUAGCGAACGUCUCAAAAGAACUGGUGCUACAGGAGACCGUGCAAAGGAGGGCAUAUCAAUUAACCGUGGUUUACUUGCCCUCGGUAAUGUUAUAUCUGCUUUGGGUGACAAAUCAAAGCGAGGUUGUCAUGUACCUUAUCGUGAUUCUAAACUCACACGUCUACUGCAAGAUUCCCUUGGUGGUAAUUCUCGCACAAUUAUGAUUGCCUGUAUAAGUCCGUCCGACUGCGAUUUCUUGGAAACUUUGAACACUCUUAAAUAUGCUAAUCGUGCACGUAAUAUUCGCAACCGUGUCAUUAUGAACCAAGAUAAAACAAGUAAACAGUUGGCUACAUUGCGCGCUCAGUUGGCCGCUUUAGAAGAAGAAUUAAAUGAAUAUAAACAGGGUAAACGGCUUGCAACAUCUGAUGGUCCGGAAAGUUCUAGCGAUUUAUCUCGUGAAAUGGUCAUGUUACAAUCUGAAAAUCACAAACUUCGACUUCGUGUUAAAGCACUAGCUGUUACUGUAGAUGCUUUAAAAGUACGAAAUGCCCAGCUUCUUGCUGAUCAGGAAACAUGCUCUUGGGCAACUUUGAAAUCCCGUAUGAUGGGAGCAGUACAAGACGAUAAAUCUGAUGAUCAGAACAGCAGAGUAGAGUCUGAUAAAUCAUAUCUUGGUCUCAUAUCUGCCGAUGCAGAAGAUUUUCGACAUCUUGUUGAGAAGUAUACUGUUGAAGUCGAAGAGUUACGCACUAAAUUGGCUGAAGCUGAAGCACUAGUCGAAUUCAGUCAGCGACCGUAUACACAUACUUCAUCACAAGUUGGUCGUUUAUCAGGACGCCCACUUACAGCUAAUUCAAGUAGCUCGAAAAUUGAUUCAACCUUUUCAUCUACUCGAGUUGCUUUGACCAACGGGGAAUUCCCAGAUCUUGAUUCUAGCUUGUUAUCCGCUGCAGAAGCAGGAUUGUCUACAGCGAAUAAAUUCUUUGAUAAUGAAUUAAUGGUAGACGCAAAUGCAGUUGAAUGUUAUCCUCUCAGAAUUCGCAAAAGUCGACGGAAAAAGAGACAAAUUAACAGUUCACAGAGCGAAGAACGUAAACCUCUCAAGUCGAAAAUGACUAAUGUUGCUGCUUUUUCUGACAUUGAAAAUUCCAAAAGUAGUAAUUCUCGGAGGAGAGGACGGCGGACCUUUUUACCUGAUGAUACAGAUAGCACAGCAAUUGAGGGACUCUGUGAUGAAGAUCGAGAGAAUGAGAAUGACAGUGAAAACGUUGAAGACGAAACUCUUUUGGGUAAUGAUGCAACAGAAUUAAGUGAUUCAUGUUCUGAUAGUGAUUCAAAAGAUUCUAUCGAAAAUAUCUUGAUGGGAAGUAUGAGCGAUCAUACUAACGAUAAACCACAAUGUGGGUUGAAAGAAGCUCGACUGCAUCAAAGUUUAGCCCAUGUAUCCUCUGAGAUUGACACAAAGCAAAGGUUAAUUGCUGAGCUGCAGUCUAAGGCUGCCGAACUCAGUCAUUUAAAAAAUCAUUAUGAACGUCAAAUGGCAAGUCUUCUGUUUCGGAUAAAAGAGACGGAACGUGAAAGAGAUUCAAUAAUUGCUAAUCUCGGCCAAAUAGAGCACAGUGGCGAAGAGAGGUUAAAACGUACUCGAGAAGAGUUUGAAAAGAAAUUAUCCAUAUUACAAGAAGAAGUUUCACAACUUCAUUUGUCCCGCCAAGAACAAAUUCGUCUGGAACGACAGCAAUCUAAGAAAAAUGAAGAGUUACGUCUUUUACGACAAGAACUCGAACAAUUGCGAAAGUACAAAAUCGAUCUAAGUAAACGUUUAAGAGAAGAAACCCAGCGUACUCGUCAUUUAGAAGCUUUGUCAGCCAAACGUGUUAUGGAGUUGAAAAAAGCCAAAUCGCAAGCUGAUAAUCAAAUAAAAACACUAGAAGCAGCUCAUUCAGCUAAAGACCGUGCUUUGCAACAGAAACAAGCUGAGUUAGAUGUUCUUAGGCGGAAGAAUAUUGAACAGCAAAGACAAUUGUCCUCUUCUUUCAGUGGUCGUAUGUCUCAGAGUGUAUUAGGAAUGACAAGCACCGGUUGGGGUUCACUACGGAAACCAAUCGGUCGAGCUUCAUUAAAUAAUUCAAUAUACGGUAGAAAUCGUAUAUUCGGGACAGCUAAAGCUAAAUGGGCACUGAUUUCUCAGGAACUCGAUGCCAAUGUUGAACGACGUCAGAAGUCAUCACGCUUGGAACAUGAUCUGCAAACAUGGCUUCGUGAGCGUGAGUGUUUAGGGCGUCGAUUGAAAUGUUUGCAGCGUCGCAGAGCUCGUAUUGAAGAAAAUGUCACGAAUGAUUCAGGACAAAUGGAGAACUCAUCUAACUUAGCUGAAUUUAAUGAACAGAUAAGAAAUGUUACGGCUCAACUCGAAUCUGUUCAGGACUCUAUACAGGAAUGUCAGGCUAGCAUCAUUGAAUUUGAGAAAUGUGAAUCUAACACAUCAAAACCCACUGGUAAUAAACAGGCUAAAUCUCAAGAUUCAAGACAAAAUUUGUCUUCGUGUAGCAAUAAUCAAUCAAAUAAUGUGCAUGCGAUAUUCUCAAGUUGCACAUUAAAUGAAGCACGUUUUCUUCUUACUCAGCUUUUUGAAACUGCUGUUUCUCGUGGCUUGCUAGCUACCCGACUGCAACAGAGUGAAAUCCAGUUACAAGCCAGUUUAUCGAUGAAGGAACAGGAACGAGAGCAAGAAUUAGAACUUAUUAAGCUUGCUAUGCAAAAUGCUGGAAUAUCACCUGAUUGUAUGGGAACAGUGUUUUCUGUUAAUGAACGUCCAUUUCGAAAGCCUUUUUGUCAACAUAAUGGAAAAUCAAACAUUACUGGUUAUGAAUGUUGCUCAUAUGCUCUUUCAUCUGCACCUGUCUCCUCAGAAGACUCCUCUGAUGAAUUACAGAAUGAAGACAAUCAAAUCCAAACAUAUUCUAACUUUUUAAGUAACCAAAAUAGGUUUCCAAUGUCCAGUUCUAUGUGUGCGAAUAUGGAACCAUCUAAAUAUGAUGCACAAGAUGCCUCUUGGGGUUAUGGUGUUUCGGAUAGCGGUGGUAUAAACGGAAGUGAUCCUGGUAACAAGGCUCCUAAGACAAAACGGCGUUUAGUGCAAGGUGAAGAAACAGCUGACGUUUCUUCAAGUUUUUUCAUUCCAACUUCACAGUCAGUAUGCGAUGUUAUGCCACCUCCAAUUUCUACUCUCCGACGCCCUCGAACUGUUUUAAAUAUGUCUUCAAAUACUGUUGCGAACAAUCCUUCUUCUCUUCGUUCUUCGUGUCCUCCUAGUGCUGUUCAUUCUCCUACGACUAGACGGAAUGUAACAAUCAUUGAUGGAAUUCCAAACUCUGCACCUUCAAACUUACAACUGUCAACAGCGCGUUCUGCGACAAGUAAUGUAGGUGGUGUUCCUCAUACAAUGUCGACUUCGUUGAUUUUACAGCCUACUAACAACGCUGAUAGCGUAUCAGCUGAAAGUAGGCCCACUAGCCCCACCGGUAAAACAGCCCCCAUAGCUUCUCUAUCUUCAAUGCUCUCCGAACCUGAUGACGUGUUCAAUCGGCUUACCAGUGGAAUGUCAAAUUCGCCAAAUCCUACCAGAGGUUCGAUACGCCCCUUGACGAAAUUGAAUACUCCAAGCUUGAUUUCCACUAAUAAUACAAAUACGAAUCUAAUUUCGAAUACCAAUACAUCAAAUCAGUCUUACCAUUUGUCUUCCUCAUCGUUAAGUCAAUGUUCAAACACUUUGACUGAUUUUGGUAAUAAUUUGUCUUCCCAAUCUAUAAGUCAGCCGUUGGCUUCAUUUUUCACAUCAUUUACUACUUCUCAUGCAAACGGCAAUACGUCUCAAAUAUCAUCCAAUAUGAAUACUACAUCGUUAUCAACAGCUCAUUCAUCUUCCCUCUUCCCUGCUCCUAUCGAAUGUACACAUGUAGCUAAAGGACAUUCAAAUGCUGUCCUUGAUGUUGAUGUAUUAAACAGCAUUAUGAUAACCGGUAGUAAAGAUCGUACUGCAAAAAUUUGGGAUUUAAAUACAAUGGAAGAAGUAGACACAUUUCAUGAUCAUCCUAAUAAUGUAACGAAAGUCAGAAUGUGUCAAAGAUCAAAUCUUAUUUUCACGGUUUGCUCGUAUUUCAUUAAAGUUUGGGAUCGAAGAGAUUCACGUAAAUGUAUUCGCACUUUACUGUCAAGUGGGCUAAGUCAAGAAGGUUCUUUCGAAACAAAAGCCAUGCGUCGUCAAAAUAUUUGUCCACCUGGUGAAACUAAUAUCAUGGAUAUCACACUUGGCGGCCCUAGUACGUCAUUAAGUCACCUAAUGUUUUCAGCUACUGCAAAUUCUGUGAAGUUAUGGGAUUUAAGACUUUCUCAUUGUGUCGGCAAGCUACAUGGUAGUCAUCAAGCGCCUGUAAUGGUGUUAGCUGCCGCUCAAAAUUCACUUGUUUCUCCGACUGAUAUUUCGGAACCCAGGUUAACUGUGGUUACUGGUUCAAAAGAUCAUUACAUAAAAGUUUUUGAUGUGUCUUCAAAUGCAUCCGGUCUACUCACACCCAUUUAUGAUUUAGAACCACCGCAUUAUGAUGGGAUCGAGUCUUUAGUAAUCCAUGAAAAUAUUUUGUUUUCUGGUUCCCGGGACGCUGCAAUCAAAAAGUGGAAUUUAGCCAAGCAAGGCCGCCAGGAUGUAUCACUAGCUCAAGCUCAUAAAGACUGGGUACAGGGUAUGGCUAUUAUAAAAGAUGGGUCAAAGCUUAUCAGUGGUUGUCGUGGCGGUACACUUAAAGUUUGGAAUGUUGAAGAUUGUACUUGUUUGGGAGAAGUCAGCAAUGCACAUGAAGGAGCUAUUAAUUGUGUACGAACAUUUGAAAACCGUGUGUUCACAGCUGGCAAUGACAAAGAUAUUCGAUUUUGGAGAUUUCUGACUUAA